AUGGCCAACUUCAAACCCAUGACCCUCUACUCCCACGCCGGCGGCCCCAACCCCUGGAAAGUAGCCAUCAUCCUCGAAGAGCUCAACCUCCCAUACGCCCACAAAUUCCUCGACUUCACCUCCGUCAAAGCCGAGCCCUUCAUCUCCCUAAACCCCAACGGCCGCGUCCCCGGCCUCGAAGACCCCAACACCAACAUCUCUCUCUGGGAGUCCGGCGCCAUAAUCGACUACCUCAUCGACACCUACGACACCACCCACAAGCUCCAAUACACGAGCACACCUGAAAAAUACCAGACCCGCGUAUGGGAACACUUCCAAAUGUCCGGCCAGGGCCCCUACUUCGGCCAACUCAUCUGGUUCGUGAGAUAUCACCCCGAGAAGGUGCAGAGCGCGAUUGAUCGCUACGCCAAGGAGAUUAAGCGCGUGACGGGGGUGAUUGACGCGCACUUGAAGAAGCAGAAGAGUGAGUAUCUCGUGGGCGAUAAGUUGACGUAUGCGGAUUUGAUGUUUAUUCCGUGGGCGGUGACGGCGCAGAGCUUGGGGAAGGAGGUUGUUGAUUUGUCUGGGUUUGAGGCGUAUGAUGCGUGGAUGGAGAGGUUGACGAGUCGGCCGUCUGCGGCGAAGAUUAUCAAGGAGAGGCAGGAGGCUAUGGCGAAGGCUCAUUAG